UAAUUUCCUUUACCAUAGAGGAAGUGGGUUAAUAAAGCAAUCAAGAAGAGUGGCAUCAUAGAUCAUAGAUUUCCCAGAGAAUUAACUGGCAGAAUAAUUCCAUGCAUAAUCCGGCUCUAAGAGUGUUCUCCAGGGACUUGUGUCACGUACUAAGAAGCCAUAUUUGCUGAAUCAAGUCUCCAUAAAAGGUGAGGAGGGGUCUUAUAUGACCCCUUUAGUUAGGUUAUUGUGCUACUGCAUGUGGAACAGGCAGUACUUUAUCUUUCUUAUGAAUCAGUUCUACCAGAUCUUUCUUGAAGGAGCACUAUUGUUGUGAUACAAAUCAAAAAUGGACCACUCAUCAGCUUUCACAUCGGCUGCCACAAUCUCCCAGGGGUCAGUAAAUGAUGAGAUCAUGCCAAGGAUAGGUUACACCAUUCUAGCCAUCAUUAUUGGUUUCUUCUCGGUUUCUGGUGUCAUCUUGAACGUGCUGGUGAUUGUUGUGACGUUGAGACACAAACAGCUUCGUCAGCCGCUGAACUACGCUUUGGUAAACCUGGCAGUGGCAGAUUUGGGCUGUGCUAUGUUUGGAGGAAUGCCAACCGUGAUCACCAAUGCCAUGGGCUACUUCAGUCUGGGCAGGGUGGGAUGUGUCCUAGAGGGCUUUGCAGUUGCUUUCUUUGGCAUUGCCGCUUUGUGCUCGGUUGCCAUCAUCGCCAUUGACCGCUACAUGGUGGUUUGCAGACCCAUGGGCACAGUCAUGUUCCAGACCAGGCAUGCAGUGACAGGAGUGGUCUUCUCCUGGGUUUGGUCUUUUGUGUGGAACACGCCUCCACUGUUCGGAUGGGGAAGCUACCAGCUGGAAGGUGUGAUGACCUCCUGCGCUCCUGAUUGGUACAGCAGAGAUCCAGUCAACGUCUCUUUCAUCAUGUGCUACUUCAUGCUGUGUUUCGCCCUGCCUUUUAUGACCAUCGUCUUCUCCUACUCACGCCUCCUGUGGACCCUACGACAGGUAGCCAAACUGCAAAUGGCAGAAAGUGGAAGCACUGCUAAGGCUGAAAUGCAGGUGGUACGUAUGGUGGUUGUGAUGGUCCUGGCCUUCCUGCUCACAUGGUUGCCCUAUGCUUCUUUUGCCCUCGCUGUGAUCUUUAAUGCGGACCUUUACAUUGACCCACUGAUUGCCACGGUUCCCAUGUAUCUGGCCAAAAGCAGCACCAUCUUCAACCCUAUUAUCUACAUCUUCAUGAACAGACAGUUCAGGGACUGUGCCGUGCCAUAUCUCUUCUGUGGGAGAAACCCCUGGGCAGCCAAACCUGGAGAGUCUGAGGUGGAAACGACAAUGACUUCAAUCAGCAAGAGCAACAAGAUUUCACCAUCGUCUCCAGCCUCUGACACACAGCCUUCUACCACAUAAACACACAGUGGUGUAACAGGUCCAGACUGGAGCCAAAUCCCCGUACAAUGUCACUUCUCCACUGCUGUUAAAAAGGAUUUCAGGGUUGUUCAAUUCCACACUUAAUUAACUUUUAUUAAUGACUCUGCUGAGCGCUUUGCUCCCUUGAUAGCUUCACUGGAAUUUUGUUCGUCUAAAUCCCUCAAAGAAGAAAGCUAAUUUUGUAAGCCCCGCUCGUGUCAUAUCAGGAAUUAGUGAGUAUAAAGAGCAGUUGUGUUCCUCUGUUGUCUGUUUGUUUGGAAGAAUAAAGAAAGCGUUUGCACUUAAA